ACAAAAAAUUGGAGGGAAAAAUUUUCAUCAGUGAAAAAAAAAAAAAAAUGAGCAGAAGACGCCUCCAAAUUAUAUGUUCCUCUGAUGAAGAAGAAGAAGAAGAAGACCCAAACAAUAAUAAUAUCGAAAUGGACAUUCUAGAAUCUUCCACUACUAACUUCCAAUCAGUAACCCUAAAUUCCCCAAACCAAAACCCUACACCCAACAAUGCCCCAAACGUCCACGUGGCAGAUUGUGGUAUUGGUCGGGUGUUGGAAGGAUUAGGGUUGAGAUUACGGAAGGAAUGGUUAGAAUCAUGUGUUAGUGGACUUGAAGGAAUGGAAAGAGGGUUUUUGGGAUUGGAUGAUAAUGCGAAGGCGAAGCUCUGUUUCGAGCAGUUUUUGUAUUCAGAUAUGAAUUAUUGUGGUGCUGGAAUGCUUCCGAGAGAUGUGCAUAAGUUGCAUUUGGUUGAUCUUAAAGGCCCCUUUGUUCUUCAGGUAGAUGAGAUUGUGAAUAUCAGUUGUCCUGUUCGAGAUAGGUACCAGAAAGCAGCUGCUGGAAUAAAGAGGUGUCUGAAAUUGUCCAUGACUGAUGGCAUUCAGCGUGUGUUUGGGAUGGAGUACAGGCCUAUAAAAGAUCUUGACGUUCUGGCUCCUUCUGGACUGAAGGUUGUUAUCUGUAAUGUUCACGUUAGGCGCGGACUUAUGAUGUUGGUCCCUGAAGUAAUCGAAGUUCUGGGUGGGAUGGUGGAAGAGUUAGAAGAAGCAAGACAACGGCUAGUUAAUGAAAUAAAGAAGCCACCAAGGGGGAAAAGAACAAGGUCUGAAGUGGUCCCUCCUUUGGCAACUCGAGCUACUAAUGCUGCAUGGCCACGCGAAGGUGUUACUGCUCCAGAGCCCGCUGAUACUUCCUCAAGAGAAAGGUCACAUUUUCAAGUUCAUGAGCAAGGAACGUCUGUCGUUGCUACUUCUGCAACAGAAGAAAUUCAUCCCGUUACACCUGGGCUACCAUCUUCUACGACGAUCACCACUCCUGUUUAUAGAAGAGAUGCUCAAUCUAAUUUUCCAUCUACUCCAGCUGUUUCUGUCCCAUUCAAUAUGAAUGUUACUGGGCCUACCUUUUCAUCUGAUGCAGCUACUCAUGCGGAGGAUAUCCAUAUGGACGACAUGACCACCGAAGGCAUUGAUGUUUCAAUUAGAAGGGAACGUAAUGACCCUGUCCGUUUGUCUUCUUUCACCAUGGAAGUGGAGGAACAUCUUUCAGAUGUUAGAAGUAGCCCUACCACACCUGCCAGUGGCAGGAGCAGAGAAAGCAUUCCUGUCUCUAUCGGUAGUGUCCAUAAUGAAGAUGUAGAGCCUGAUUCAUUGUCUACUGCAGCAAUUGAUGUUGAUGAAAUUGAUUUCGCUGAUGAGUUGGACCAUCCAUUUAUACUUUCUGGAGGGAAGGAAACCCCUUUCACUUACUUAGCUAGUCUGUCGGCUAAGCAGGCUGGUAUGAAUGGCAGUGCUUCCACUGUUACAGGAAAAAUUAAGUGCUUUCUUACUGGUGUGAAGGGAUUUCAGUAUAAACAGAGGAGUAGCUACGAGCUUCGGGUUUUUGUGGAUGAUGGCAGCCUCAUUUCUGAGAUCCUUAUAGAUCAUGCUCUUGUGCAGAAAGAAAUAGGGUUUUCUCCUGCAGAGGUAACUACAGCUCUUGAUUCUUCAGAUAAAAAACGAGGCAGUGACAUGAAGGAGACACUGAAACGUUUCCAGAAAUUCUUGAUUAAUUUUGAGGGAACAAUGUUUGUACAGUUGAAUGGAGAAUCCCCAAUUCCGGUUGCUACUGAAAUGAACCAGGGGUGUCCUGCCUCUGAUGCAUGGUUGCUUCUCAAAAGACUAAAGCCCUCUACUUCUCCGCGACAAUAUCAUCUUCAUCACCCAGAGACCAUCAAUUUAUCCCCUUGAUGUGUUCAUUCAUUCUCUGGAGAACUUCAAAACAUACGCGAGCUGAUGGCGGAUAUUAUACUCCACAUAUUCCCAGGUUUAUCAGCGAAAAUAGUGUUAUCCUUAGAUUUAGAAUCAGCAAAGCUGAGUUACAUCACAUUGCUCCAUUCAGAAAGUUGUUGCAUGAGAUGACUCCUUGAGAAGCAAUGGCGUAAAUGCAGAAACAGUUUGCCUUGAUUCAAACAGUGAAAUGACUUCUCAAAUUAACUAUUUUUUUGGGGCGGAGCUAGGGUUGCAAGGGGUUCAUCCGAACCAAGUAAGAAUUUGAAUGUCAAUAUUUUAACAAGGAAUUCUUUUCGAGCUUAGAUUAGAAAUCUCACUCGAUUUAUUUAGUUGCUUUCUUUCCUUUUUCUAGGUAUUUAGUGUCAAUUCGGUAGUGCAUAUAUUCUUUUUAUAUCUUAAACAAUGUAAAUUUGAAAUCCAUAACUGUAGAAUUAAUUAUAACGUCCAUUUUUCAUCCUUGUGCUUUUCUCUCCAGGAAAAGUAAGAGAUUAAACGAUUCGUCAAAUAAAAGAUCAGUAAUACCAUUGAUGUGA